AUUUACAUUAGAUUUUAAUCAAUCUUUAUGUAAAUAAAUCCCAAGUGGCAUUUCAAAUAAAAAAACGACAAAUACACAGUGAUGACAAAAUAAACACACUGCGAGAUUAUUUUAUGGACCCCUGAGAAUCAGAUAUAGUUAUCUUCAGAGCCAAGAUUCUUCCACUUUCAUCGUGACACGGAUUCUGGUACAUAUCUACAAACCACAAUGAAGACGACAAACGUCCUGCUUGUAACAUGCGCAUUGUGCUUCAUGUUCACAUUAACAGAAACAAGGUCUCUUCGUAAAAGAAAGAAGAACAAAGGCUCGAGCGCUUUGAGUCUAGCGCUUACCUUCGACGCGUUGGGCAACCUGGUGUGGAAAAUAGCGGGGGACAAAAAAGUUACACGUUAUAAUGCUCAAAAAAGAAAAAAGAUUAUACAAAAAAAUCCUUUUUCGUUUGUGGAUGAGGACGAGGAGGAUAAGCCUAAUACUCCAGAAAUUGUGAUAAAAACCGGCGAAGAGGAAACUCCAGAAAUUAUAAUAGUACAUCCCGGCUCUAAAGAAAAGCCAGAAGAGGAGUCUUCUCCAGCUGAAGAGGAGGAAAACGAGAAUGAGGAGGAGAAGGAGGAGGAGGAAGAAGAGUAGAACAUUUGCUAUGGUGACAACUUUCAUUGGAGAUAGAUAUGACGAUGUGUGUUUACUCAUCUUUCGCAUGACGAGAUGUGAAUCUCAGGAAAAUGUGGCAUUUGUUAUAUAAUGUUUUCUAAAUAGGAUCAUCGAAUACAGCUUGAAAGUAAAUAUUUAUCA